CUCCUCCUCCCUGCACGGAGCUGAUUGGUCGCAGGGAGGCAGCCAGGACAGAAGCUGCGUUGUCCCGGUGACCCGGCCUCUGCGCGCUAUAAAAGCGCGAGGUCUCACGCAGGCGUGCCAAAUGGACUGUCAGAUGCGAUUUGGAGUAACAAGUGGAUUUGACGUUUAAGUUUUUCUCUCCAUCGCGCUUGGAAACACUCUCGAACACUGUGCUGGACCAAGAUCAUGGACUCUGAUACGAGCCGCGUUUCGAGCAGACCUUCAUCUCCCGAGGAAGACGACAUCUUCCUUGCCACCCUGAAGAAGUCAGUGCAUGGUUUCUCCGGCGCUGUGUCCUCCACACAGAGCGACUCCCUGUCAGAGCUCACCGGCCUGCGCGGCCUCUCCGCCGAAGAGGAGGAGUCCCUGGCCCGCCGGCUGGCCAAGAAAGACCGUAAACUGCUGUCAGAGAACGAGUUGCAGACCAUCCGCCUCAAGAUCAACAGCCGCGAGAGGAAAAGGAUGCACGACCUCAACGUGGCCAUGGACGGGCUCCGGGAGGUCAUGCCCUACGCGCACGGACCGUCGGUGCGCAAGCUCUCCAAAAUCGCGACCCUGCUGCUGGCGAGAAACUACAUCCUGAUGCUGAGCAACUCUCUGGAGGAGAUGAAGCGGCUGGUCAGCGAGAUCUACGGCAGCAGCGGACACCACGGUGGCUUCCACCCGGCAGCUUGUGGGACUAUGACACACGCGGGACCCGUGCCGGGACACCCGGCGGUUUCACACGCCUCACACCCGGCGGUGCACCACCCGCUGCUCCCCCCGGCCGUCUCCACCGCGUCUCUGUCCGCGCCCGGCAUCUCUGCAGUCACAUCAGUCAGACCCCACCACGGACUCCUCAAAGCGCCCGCUGCAGGCGCAGGCCCGCUGGGCAGCAGUUUCCAGCACUGGGGCGUUGGCACCGGGAUGCCUUGUCCGUGCAGCAUGUGCCAAGUCCCGCCUCCGCAUGUGACCAGCAUGAGCGCCGUCACCAUGCCGAGGCUGCCCAGCGACUCCAAGUGACUCCAGACUGAACGGAGGCGAACUUUUGGGGCUGUCACAGACUCUCUCCCCACAUUCACUUUAUUUAUCUUUGUUGCUGAAUCCGUUGCGUCCACGGAGCCAGUAAAGAACAAUGUUUUUUUCCUCACUGGGACUUUGGGGUUUUGCAACUAACUUAGCAUUUUAUGAUUAUUAACCUAAUUGUAACAGGUGUUUCUUCACAGAACUCCUAUAAAACACAACUUCAGCUUAUUGCCUGAAAUGCUGAAAUGUGUGAAGGCCCAGGCAUCUGUGUGUUGCUACAGUUAUUUAAAGAUGAAACUGAAUCUGGGCCUGCAGGGGGAAAAUGUCACAAAUCCAACCACAGAUAUAGAGUGUAAAUAUGUAGAUUGAUUAUUCAGUUUAAAUAGUCGGAUAUAUCAUAUAUUAGAGUCUUGGUAAUGUGGGAACACUCCCCCACCCUGACAUGUUGCACCUGCUUUAUUCUAUCCGUCUUUCAAUGCUUCUCUCCUUAUUUUUUC